AAUACCAUUAUUACUUUGAAGGAUAUUCUGCUCAUGGAUGACAUGCAAUCAGAGGGUCUUGUAACCUCAAAAUUGAGACCUAAACUGGAAGACUGCCAUGUUGCUGCCAAAAAUAUCAAAGCUCUUUGGAAUAAGAACUUACAAUCCCCAACUUUGGAAAACGUUUCCUUCAAAGUGUCAAGUGGUGAACUUCUGGGAGUGAUUGGUGCUGUUGGAUCUGGCAAGUCCUCCCUGCUGAUGGUAAUACUGGGUGAACUUCCCUUGACUGAGGGCUCUAUAACAGUGAAAGGAAAAAUUGGCUACUCUUCACAACAGGCUUGGGUAUAUAAUGGCUCACUGCGCCAGAACAUACUCUUUGGGCAGAACUAUGAUGAGGACAAAUUUAAAGAAGUCACUAAAGCUUGUGCUUUGGAUAAGGAUAUUGAAUUGCUCCCAGAUGGUGACAUGACAUUUGUAGGGGAACGAGGAGUGUCACUGAGUGGAGGUCAAAGGGCAAGGGUCAACUUGGCAAGAGCAGUGUAUGCCGACGCAGACAUUUAUUUGAUGGAUGAUCCACUGGGUGCUGUAGAUGCUGACGUCGGUCGACACUUAUUUGAAAAGUGCAUCUGUGGAUAUUUGGCAAAGAAGCCACGCAUCUUAGUAACUCACCAACUGCAGCACAUUGGAGAAGCAGAUGAUAUAAUCGUUUUAGAUAAGGGAAAAGUAGUCAAUAAAGGACCCUAUAAAGAACUCUCUUUAUGUAAAGGAAGUGCAAACAUUAUGGAAUGUUUGAUGAAUCCUGAAACAGAGGCAGGUCGUGAAGUGGAAGCAAAAGAUGCUGAAAGGCUGAUGGUUGCUCGGCAGCUAAGUCGACAGGAAAGCUUCCCAUGCCAUCGCCUAAGUAAAAUUGCUGACAGUAAUUUUUCCAUUGUGUCUGCUGCCACAACAUUUUCUGCUUACGACGACAAUCUACUUCCAAGAGAAGAGAAACAAGAAGGAGCGGUCAGUCCUAAGACGUAUCUGGCAUAUUUCCGUGCUUUACACAAUUUAGGAAUUGCGUUUGUUGUUAUUUUCUUGCUUGCUCUCUGUCAGGUAAUAUCAAUGCUGGCGGACUGGUGGUUGUCUUAUUGGUCUAAUACAGAGGAAUCAUACUUCGUCGCUAUAAUGCUUCAGACUGGCAACUCCACGGCGAGUGCUGCAUCAGAACCCGACCGAGGCUUGCUGUUAGGGGUUUAUGGUGGUUUUGUAAUAGGAUUGUUUUUGCUAUGUCUCUUUUCCACUGAGCUGUUCUACACACUAACAGUAGUUGCCUCAAGGAACUUGUACGAAAAAAUGUUAAGUAGUCUUCUGAGGGCACCCAUGUACUUUUUUGACAACAAUUCCAUAGGGCGAAUCUUAAACAGAUUUGCGAAGGACAUUGGAAUGGUAGACGACUUGAUGCCUAUGAUCCUAUGUGAUGUUUUGCAGACCGGUUUAAUGUGUCUUGGCAUUUUAGGACUAGUUGCUGUCAGUAAUCCAGCGACAUUUGUCAUAAUUGUACCUGUGACCAUUGGUUUUGUUUAUUUGAGGAAUUAUUUCAUGAAGUCGUCUCGAGAAAUCAAGCGCAUUGAAGGAAUAAGUCGUAGUCCACUAUUUGGUCAUUUCUCCACUACCCUUCUCGGUCUGGACACUAUACGUGCCUAUGAAGUGGAGGAGACUUUUACAGAACAAGUUAAUGGUUAUCAAGAUGCUCAUUCAAGAGCAUGGUUUUGUUACUUGGCGGGUCAAACGUGGUUGAACUUUAGACUGGAAAUGCUUACUGUUCUGUUUCUAGCCUUUGUUGCUUUUGUAUCUGCAGCUUUAAAAGGAACUGUAGAUCUCAGUGCUGGUGUUGUUGGUCUGACUCUGACGUAUUCAAUCAUGUUAACCUCUGUCUUCCAACCAUUUAUUGAAGGGAGUGCUGAACUUGAAAAUCUUAUGACCUCUGUAGAGCGAAUCGUGGAAUACAUCAACCUUGAAGCUGAAGCUCCAGCCGAAACUGUCACGAAACCUAAAGAUGAUUGGCCAUCUCGUGGACAGAUUGACUUUGAUGAUAUGUCAUUCAGGUAUCACCGCAGCUUACCAGAUGUGCUUCAUCACAUCACGUGCACUAUCAAACCCAGUGAAAAGAUUGGUGUAGUGGGUCGGACCGGUGCUGGAAAGUCAUCCCUUAUCUCUACACUGUUCCGCUUGUCAGAACCCCGAGGUAAAAUUGAAAUCGACGGUGUCAAUAUCCAGGAACUUGGGCUGAAAGACUUAAGAAGCAAAUUAUCCAUCAUUCCACAGGAACCGGUGUUGUUUAGUGGUCCUAUGAGAAGAAAUUUGGAUCCAUUUGGAGAACAUCUAGACACUGAAUUGUGGAACGUGUUGGAGGAGGUCCAGUUGAAAAACUCUGUUGAGGAGUUGCCAAACAAGCUAGAUGAAGAGCUGGGAGAAUCAGGCUCAAAUUUCAGUGUUGGUCAGCGGCAGCUUGUGUGCCUGGCACGUGCAAUUUUAAGGCAUAGUCGUAUUUUGGUCAUUGACGAAGCCACUGCUAAUGUUGAUCAGAAGACAGACUCUCUGAUUCAGACCACCAUCCGCGAGAAAUUUAAGCAUUGCACAGUGUUGACGAUAGCUCAUCGUCUCAAUACCAUUAUCGACUCCGACAAAGUACUGGUGUUAGAUGCUGGCUGCCUCAAAGAGUUCGAUGCGCCUUAUGUUCUUCUAAAAAAUCCCCGUGGAAUUUUUUGUCAACUUGUGGAACAAACAGGUCCUGUUGAAGCAAGGAGAUUGUACGAGAUCGCAAGGGAUAAAUAUAACCAACAACAAGUAGCCAUACCGGAAACAGAUGUCAUUAAUGACAACGAAUCACAGGAAGAAAAGAAACCGGAAGUGUCGGUCUCACUGCCACCUGCUGAUGACAGUCAAUCCAUGCCCCUGCCACAGUCUGAUGAUGAGUCACAAAAACCAAAACUCUUGCCUGCAGGUGAAGUUGAACAAGAGCCGGACUCCAAACAUUCACAACUGUCAUCACUAGUACACGUUAAAAUUUAAAAAAAAGAAAAGUGAUUCACCUUUUCCAGAACAAGGCUGCAUGUCAACCUCAGGUUUAGAUUCUUUAGCGGAGUUUCCAGGGCUAAAAAUUGGCGGUCGCACGGCCGCCAGUGGCGAGUUAAAACUGACAAGGGCCACCAAAAGUUAAGGUUUGAACGCCCGAUGUGCGACUACGCUACAGGAUUUCGAAAAAGGUGCAAUGUAAAUUAUGCGAAGUACAAAGUUAAAAAUAAAACUCAAUAUGUAGUUUAA